GUGGCGGUCGGGGGAGUCGCGGAGCUCCCGGCGAGCCGGCGGAGUCAGCGCUGCCCGCUGUACUAUGCGUGUGUCUUGUGUUACAGCCAUGCUGCACAUCGGCGGCCAGAGCGAGGGGCGCGGGGAGGAAAAGGCUGUUUACACAGACUGCAAACCGCCCGGGGAAUAGUGCGGGAGAGGAAGUGAGCCGGGCCGCUGUCUGACUGCCCCGGCUUCCUGCUCGCUCCCUCUCACGGGCAGCUCUCACACACACACACAUACACACACACACACGCACACACACACACAUACACACACCGGCCCGAGGGAAAAAAAAAAAAAAAAGGAAAAAGGGAAAACAAAAUCAGGAUCUCAUUACUAGAGCAACAGAGAGCCUGCAGAAGACUGUCAGCAUGGAGAAUCAGGGAAUUUUACUCAGCUCCCUCUAGACUACCAGGAGAGAGCGGAAAAGUCCCUCAGCCGCUGCUGGGUAUGGAGAGUGCAAUCACACUGUGGCAGUUCCUUUUGCAGUUGCUGCUAGACCAGAAACACGAGCACCUCAUUUGCUGGACGUCUAAUGAUGGCGAAUUCAAGCUACUCAAGGCAGAAGAAGUGGCUAAGCUGUGGGGACUCAGAAAAAACAAAACUAAUAUGAACUAUGACAAGCUGAGCCGGGCGCUCAGAUACUAUUAUGACAAGAACAUCAUCAAGAAAGUGAUCGGACAAAAAUUUGUAUACAAGUUUGUCUCCUUUCCUGAGAUUUUAAAAAUGGAUCCACAUGCUGUGGAAAUCAGCAGAGAGAGCCUUUUGCUGCAGGACAGCGACUGUAAGAUGCCUUCAGAGGGCAGGGAUCAGCACAAGCACAGCUUGUCAGCACUGAAAAGCACAAGCCGUAAUGAAUAUAUCCACUCUGGCCUGUACUCCUCUUUCACUAUCAACUCUCUGCAAAACCAGCCAGACCCUUACAAGACCAUCAAAACAGAAAAACUGGAGAAGUCAGAAGGAAACACACCAGUUGAAGAAGUCCGAACUGUUAUCAGAUUUGUGACAAACAAAACAGACAAACAAGUUACGAGGCCCAUGGUGUCGUUGCCUUCUACUUCUGAAACAGCAGCUGCCUCUGCUUUCCUCAACUCUUCGGUAUCAGCUAAAAUAUCUUCCUUAAUGCUACCCAACAGUGCCAGCAUUUCAUCUCCAUCAUCAUCCUCCUCCAGGUCACCAUCUCUGUCUCCCGCCUCACCCCUCCCUACAGAACACAAGAGCUUCUUCCUUGACUCCAGCUGCCACGACUCAGAUUCCCUUGAGCCUCUGAACCUCUCCUCAGGCUCCAAGGCCAAAUCCCCAUCUCUUCCCCCAAAGGCUAAAAAACCCAAAGGCUUGGAAAUCUCUGCCCCACCCAUGAUUCUCUCCAGCACUGACAUCGGUUCCAUCGCCCUCAACAGCCCCGCGCUUCCUUCGGGAUCCCUGACUCCAGCUUUCUUCACUGCACAGACCCCCAAUGGAUUAUUGCUGACCCCCAGCCCACUGCUGUCCAGCAUUCAUUUCUGGAGCAGCCUCAGUCCUGUUGCUCCUCUGAGUCCUGCCAGGCUGCAGGGACCAAACACUCUGUUCCAGUUUCCAACUCUGCUAAAUGGUCACAUACCAGUGCCACUCCCCAGUCUGGACAGAGCCUCUUCACCAAUACUGCUUUCUCCGAAUGCUCAGAAAUCCUGAUGAUGCCUCAUCACACCAAGGAUGUAUUGGUGGAUCUAACACUUCAUUCCUAUGGGUUAGUUUUUCCUGUGUCAUGAGAAGAACAUUGUGAAACCCUUUAUUACUUUGGUUUGCACUUUUCAUUACAUGGAUAAUCUACUUUUAUUAUGUUAGCAUUUUUCAACAGUGUUUAUAUAUAAAAGUAUAUAUAAAUCUGUUAUGCAUUAAAUGAAUUAUAAUUUUUUUUUAUAUCAUAGCUCUCAAGUGUUGAACACUUCUGUUGUUGAUGAAGUACUUUUCUUAAUGGAUUGCAACAAUGUAUCUAUUAGGGAUGUGAAGCUUCUUUUUAAUCCCUUUUUCUGCAUAUUAUGCAUUGCGCUUGUGUAAACUAUAACCGGCUGUGCCUUCUUUUGCAUAAAGUCAUGUAAAUGAUUUAUAUAUUUUCUAGUAUUAAGAUAAAAAGUUGAAAGAAAAAAACUAGUAUUGAACAGCCCUAUGGUAGUAUUUCAGUAUUUUCUCCACAGAUAGGCCAUAUGAUGCAGUGUAUUAAUGUAACUUUGUAUUAAGUGCUUUCAAAUUGUAUAAAAAUAGCCUUAUAAUUUUCCUUUGCUGAAGUGGAAAACAUAAUCCUUGUUACAGCCAGGAGAUGUAGUUCAGAGUAACAAAGCCACAUUUACACAUUUAUGCCCAAGUUCUUCUGCCAAGUUGCAACAAGGAGGAACUGGGCUGUGUAUGUUCACGAGACGUUUCCAGCAUUUGAGAGUACUUCUGUAGAAAAGGAGACAUUGCUCAGAAUUUAUUUGGCCUAUACUUCUUAUCAACUGUCAACAUUAUGUCUGGAAAAAGUGCAGGUAAUCUUUGUCCUCCCAAGGAAUGAGGAUCAUUCCUGAUAAUUUCCAGGUGCUUUGUUCAGCUGUGCCAAGUGCCUUCUACUACUUCCCUGGAAAGACUAUUGUAGCUACUCAAGCUCAGAAGGUCACAUUCCCCCUUCCCCCAAAGCUGAAAAAGUUACAGGUCUGUAAAUUGAUGCCUGGUGCUUGCAAAGAGGCAGAGACUCUACAUGUGGGAUGUUUAUGUAUAAACAGCUGACUUCUGGAUGAAAAAACAGCACUGUGUUACUAUAUACUUGCAACUUGAAUUUACUGGGUAUGUCCUCUACCUUGAGGGGAUGCUUUAGUCAUCUAAAUGUCAGGUUAGGAUUAGGCCAGACUCCCUGGCACCACAGACUCUAAUCCUGGCAGGGCUGAUGCAAAUUUUCAGUUUCCUGAUGUGGCUAAAUUGGCUUGAAUGCAGCUUUACAGUGUCGUUUUUUCAGAGGAGGCCUUAAAAGCCAGCCCCAAGUCUGAUCCCUGUUUGUGACAGGUCAUUCAAACCUCAGCUUUGCUUUCUGGCCUAGCAGCUGGCCACGGUCUGUUCUUUUCGAAAUGUAUGCAGUGAGUUGUCUGCUGAUUUUCUGCUUGGAUGCAUUUCAGUGAUGAUGUGUGUAGUUAUUUGUAAAGUGCUUUUGGAUCCUUCAACCUGAAAGGUGCUAAAUAAACAUUUUAUUAAUGCA